AACCCUUUUUUUAUGAAUAAUUUUUUUCCCUACUGAAAACAGAGAGAAAAUAGCUUUCAAAGUGCUGAGAACCUCACACACCCUGCACUGUCUUCUCUUUCUGCCUUUGUUUUUCUCUCCUCGUGUUAUUUGUAACUAAGGGAAAAACAAAACAACAAUAACAAUAAUAAUAGCAAUAAUAUUAAUAGUGAGAGGCGAGAAAGAAAGUUAAGAAACAUAGAAAAUAGCAAAAGGUGAUUCUCCUCUUUCAGCUCAGCGUGUUUUGCAUACAAAAAGAGAAAAAGAGUGAGACAAAUAUAUAUAUUAAAACUUUUAUAUAUUUUUUAAAAUAUUUGGAGAGUCUGUGUGUGGAUAUAAAGAAAGAAAAUGCAGCAGCACCUGAUGCAGAUGCAGCCCAUGAUGGCAGCUUAUUAUCCCAACAACGUCACUACUGAUCAUAUUCAACAGUAUCUCGAUGAGAACAAGUCAUUGAUCUUAAAGAUUGUUGAGAGCCAGAAUUCUGGGAAAUUGAGUGAAUGUGCCGAGAACCAAGCAAGGCUGCAGCGAAACCUCAUGUACCUGGCUGCCAUUGCGGAUUCUCAACCCCAACCACCCACCGUGCAUGCACAGUUUCCAUCUGGUGGUAUCAUGCAGCAAGGAGCUGGGCACUACAUGCAGCACCAACAAGCUCAACAAAUGACACAACAGUCGCUUAUGGCUGCUCGGUCCUCAAUGUUGUAUUCUCAGCAACCAUUUUCUGCACUGCAACAACAACAGCAGCAAGCUUUGCACAGUCAGCUUGGCAUGAGCUCUGGCGGAAGCACAGGCCUUCAUAUGCUGCAAACUGAAUCUAGUACUGCAGGUGGCAGUGGAGCACUUGGGGCCGGAGGGUUUCCUGAUUUUGGACGUGGUUCUUCUGGAGAAGGCAUCCAUGGUGGCAGGCCAAUGGCAGGUGGAAGCAAGCAAGAUAUCGGGAGUGCCGGCUCAGCUGAAGGUCGUGGAGGAAGCUCUGGUGGUCAGGGUGGUGGUGAUGGGGGUGAAACCCUUUACUUAAAAGCAGCCGAUGAUGGGAACUGAAAGGUAACACCAGUUGGUCCUACGGAUCUGUUUUAUCAUUGAAAAACGGAUGGAAUGGGAGGAAAUUUUCUUGCUCAAGGAACUUGUUCCUUAUGCCAAAAAAAGAAGCUAGGAAAUAGGCUUUAGACCUUAAACCAUUUGGUUUUAUGGUUUUCAAGUGUGAGACACUGCAUCUUAUGGUAAUCGAACAUGUAAAUUUGUGGGGUCUCAUGUUUCAGCAUUCCUUAAUUUUGUGUUUUAGUUAAUGUGGUUAUGGUUCACUUUUAUUAUGACUCUGUUUCGACCAUGUUUCAGUGGAUGAAUUUUGUAUGGUCAUUUACAGAGGUUGCAUAUGAAAAA